ACGAAAAGUGUGCAGAUAGCCUAAGUAAAUAAAAAAGUUUAUUCCAAACGUUCAGCUGUUGGGCAUAGUAACCAUGAACGCAUAUAUGUCACCUUCUGGUAGAAUUCUUGAGCCACAAACUAUAAGUCCUCGUAUACCUGAAGAACAGAACCAUCGAUGUUUAGAAAAAAUGCAAAAACAUCGAUGCAUCGAUAGUGCCACGGUGUUUUUCCCAGUUCUAAUAAGAAUCGCACUGCUGGUCGCAACUGUUCCUCGCUGAUCUUUCUGUGCUGCCAAGUCAUGAAACGAGCUUAUUUUAUUAUGUAUGGAUAAUAUCGAUAAUAAUAUCCAUGAUGGUACUUUGAGAAUUUGGAUUUCGCAGGGAUCAUAUAUGCAAUUAUAAAUUGUAAAUAAACAAGUAGGACAGAAUGUUAAAUAAAGUUAAUACAUUGAUUAUGCUUAAGAAAGCGCGUACGUUUAGUACUCUAUUUGGUAGUAAAUCCUAUUUUAUACCAGCGCUGUUGGCAAAAAGGCAAAGUUCAUCGGCACACUCCACUUUAAAAGAGAGAAAUCCCCCAAGGCAUUUUGAAGAAAUUGCAAUUCCAGUACCGUGGGGUCAUCUUUCUGGAAAAUGGUAUGGACCUACAAAUGUUCGGCCAAUAAUUGGUUUACACGGUUGGCUGGAUAAUGCGGGUACUUUCGAUACAUUAGCGCCGCUGUUACCUCAGCAUAUUGGUUUUCUGUGUUUGGAUUUACCCGGCCAUGGUCGUUCUUCAUGGCUUCCUUUCGGCAUGUCUUACCACUCUAUUGAUUACGUAACCUUACUGUUGCGAGUUAUGAAUUUUUAUGGAUGGGAAAAAAUAUCCAUGAUAUGCCAUUCUAUGAGUUCGAUAAAUGGAUUCGUUUUUAGCGCAUUGUUUCCGGAAAAAAUUGACAUCAUGGUUGGUUUGGAUAAUCUUAAAACAAUAACGCAAAGCGGUGCCCAAAUUGUGGAUGCGUACAAAAAAAACUUGCAAGAUUUAAUGGUUUUCGAAAACCGCGCAAGCGAUUCGUAUCCGCCUUGUUAUAAGUGGCAUGAAUUGGUGCACCGUUUACACCAUGGCACAAACAAAUCUGUGUGUAGGGAAAAGUGCAAAUAUUUAUUGAAUCGCGGAGUGCAACCUUCUGAGCAUGAGCCAAAAAAGUAUUACUUUUCAAGAGAUAAUCGAUUGAAAAAGGCGUUUUUCUAUGGUUUUAGUAAUGAUGUACCUAUAGAUAUGGCCCGGAGAAUAACCUCUCCUUACCUGUUCAUCAAAGCGUUAAAUUCUACGUAUUACGAGCCUCGAAAGUAUUUUGAUGAGACCUUGGAUAUCAUGCAGAAAAACCCUGCUUUUGAGUACCACGAGGUUACUGGAACUCAUCAUGUUCAUUUAAAUGAACCCGAAAAAGUGGCUCCAAUUAUAAAUUCCUUCAUCAACAAAUGGAGACCUACAUAGGCAGUCACAGAGACUACAUACUUACUAUGAGCUACUGUUGUGAAGGUGUAAGAUGUCGUGACAGCAUAUGCUAAAUCAAAAGAAUUUCAUUUGAAAGAAAAAUUAAAAACUUAUUAUUUCCGACCUUUUUGAACUACCAAAAAAAGAGAGACAAGCUGGCGUUUGGAAAGCAGAAAAAAUAUUUUCGUCCUUGUCCUGUAACGAUUUGAAAGUCUUCAUUCGGCUGCGAAUCGGUCACACAAUCAUCUUCUAGUCAGCUACUAAAACAGGUUGAGACAAGAAAUAUUUAAACAGUCGCAAAUUUAAAUUAACUAAAAAUCGAAAGAACUUCAUUUGAAACUUAUUGCUGUUACUUAUUACUGAUUACUAAUUUAAGUAAAAAUUAUUAAUUCGUUUUUAGAGAGCCGAAGGUUUUUACUACAAGUGCUUCUUGCUUAUUGUAAGUCGGUGAUUGUUAUUAUGUUACAGUUUAGGCGAUUCACAGGUCUUAAUCGUCGUAAUGUCUGAAAAUCAUAAAAUUAUUCAAUGUAAAUUAACUGUUAAAUGGUUUUAGGUAUUUCACAGGGCAUAACAGAGCUAAUUAUAAAUCCUCUAUUAAAAGACGGUAGUGCAAGUCACAAGUCCCCUUAAAAACGUUUACCCGUUAUUUUACAUUGGAACAUUUUACGACUUUAAAACCGUUCCCACGACAGUCGCGUCUACGUAAGCGAAACGACCCAGAUAUAUCGUCACCCUAUUGCCAGACGUAUGAAAGUGCAAAUUUAUCAGUUUUGAGUUAUUCGGUUGACUUGAUUAACCUUUAGAUGUUCUAUGUUAUACCAAAACCCAGAAUAACAUAUGUAUAUGGAAACCAAAUUUUUUGCAAUUUCAUUUGCAGAGUUAAGUCGUGAUUCUGUGCAAACAUUUUAUUAUUGAAUCAUGGAGUUGUCUCAUUAAAAAAAAACUUUCAAACU